AUGCAUCCAGAAAGUCUAGGCAAUAAACGCUCAGCAUGCGACCGCUGCCGUCGACAUAAACUUCGGUGUCAACGUGGAACAGCAUCACGAGCAUGUUACCGAUGCGAGAAAGCUAACGCAGCAUGCACGACAGGUCCGGCGCUCAGAUCUGGCCGUCCUAUACAGCCAGAUAGUCCUCAAGAGCAACACCAGUCUACUAUCCCAUCUCAGAGUACACCGAGCUCCGACCUCGAAAAUCCAAUGCCAGAGGUCUCAAGAGCUUCUCCUCUUGACACGCUCAACCUCGUAUCCUACGAGGAUGGCUCGGCACCCCGGCCGUUCAUAGAGCCAUCCAAUUUUGAAGAACUUGACUGGCCAUCCAUUCUUGAACAAUAUGAUCCCAUCGAUUUUAUGGAUGAAGUCACGCCAGUUACUUCACACGCAGAUAUACGACAAAAUAACCUCAAAAAGCUGGCUGGUUUACAGGCAAGCAUUCUCAUGGAUCUUGAGACAGUCAAAGCAUGCAAGACAGCCGACAAGUGUCCGGAAGCCAUGGAAUCCUUCAGUUCUAUCUCGCCUCAAAACAUCUUAGUCGGGCAAACAUUAGAACAUUCAACAACUCUAUUUGAUCUUCUGAACUACCUCCUGCCGACUAUACCGGGAACAAAGUCAUCAAAUAUGAACUGCGACACUCCUACUUUAUUAGCUCUUAUGUCAUGCUACGUGAGCCUUACUCGCAUUUAUCGAACUAUCUUUGCAUGUCUUUUAGAUUCUAUGCCUAGUUUAUCAGGCAUCCAAAAUACAACGCCACAAAUAUUUCCGGGUAUGCAUCUCGGAGGAUUCAAGCUUGAAGGUAGAGUGGACCUUCAAAUACAAAUAUUAGUUCAAAUCAGCGAGGACAUGAUCUGCAAAAUUGAGACUAAAUUUGGUAUCACCGACAACGAAGGUACUAUAGAUGCUCCUUCGGGGAACCCGAAAACAAUCCAGAUGCUACGCCUUAUGUUGGAUGAGGAAGCAGCAGAACAACCACCAUUAUAUGAACCUCGUGGACAUUGCAGGUCGCUUAAAGAAAUUAUGUCUUUACUCAAGAAUCCCAAUCAUGGAACCUGA